UAUGUAGUGAUCAGAGAGUAAAAAAAUAACCUUACCUUAUGUAGAAUUUGCAGACAUUCACUUUAGGAUUCAAAGACAGUCGCAAGUAGAGGAUUAUCAUUAGCAAAAACCUGCUUUAGCUGAAUCAAUUUGUCGAUAAUAUUGACUUACAAAUAAUGUGGUGCACUUUCUUGUUUUUUGCUAGAUAAAGGCACAAUGCAAGGAGGAAUCAAAGCAAUCUUCUUCUCGAAUGGUAGCCUUCUAAAGAAUGCCAUUCUUCGCCAUGUCCGAGUAGCUCCACCAGCCAUGAGGACUCUGAUUUUCGCACGCCACGAGUCAACCUCAACGGCCCGUAUCGAAGAGCACGGUUUCGAAAGCACCACAAUUUCUGAUGUUCUAAAAGCCAAAGGGAAAGGCGCAGAUGGUUCUUGGCUCUGGUGCACGACUGAUGACAGCGUGUAUGAAGCCGUGAAAUCGAUGACUCAGCACAAUGUUGGAGCUCUGGUGGUGGUUAAACCAGGGGAGGAAAAGUCGAUUGCAGGAAUUAUCACUGAAAGAGAUUACCUCCGGAAAAUAAUUGUCCAGGGAAGGUCAUCCAAGUCAACAAAGGUUGGGGACAUCAUGACUGAAGAGAACAAACUUAUUACGGUCACACCAGACACUAAAGUCUUGAAAGCAAUGCAGCUGAUGACUGAUAACCGUAUAAGGCACAUUCCCAUCAUAAACGAAGGGGAGAUGAUUGGGAUGGUGUCCAUUGGUGAUGUGGUUCGUGCAGUUGUGAACGAGCAUCGAGAUGAACUGAACCGUCUGAAUGCUUUUAUCCAAGGAGGUUACUGAAUAGAAAAACCGAUGAUGACGAUAAGCAAACAAGCUAAUGACUUUCGAGU